AGCGAGAGAGCGCGGGGGGCGGCUCCGCGGGGCUCCGCGCGCGCGGACGGGAGCGGAGCAGCGCAAAGCGGAGCGGAGCAAAAAGGAGCGCGGAGCAAAGCGGAGCAAAAAGCAGAGCGGAGCAAAGCAGCAGCAAGCAGCAGCGAGCAGCAGCAGCGGAGGACGGGGCUCGGCGCCCGGCUGGCCGCUCUUCCUGCCGGGACGUACACCUUCGUGCUUUUUUCUUUUUCUUUUUUUUUUUUUCCGUGCCUUUUUUUUUAAUUAUUGCUAAUUUUUGAUUUUAUUCUUAUUAUUUUUUUUAAUUUUCUUCUGAGGUUUUUCUUUUCCCUCGCCACGGCCACGUUCUGCUUGCACGAGCCGCCCGCCGCCGCCACGGGUGCCGCAGCCGGCGCUCUCGGGGGCUCGCCGCCUCCCCCCUGAAGCGGCCGGGGGCAGGCGGACGGCACCCGGCCACUGGAGCAGCCGCCGCGGGCAGAGGCGGGGGGGCGAGCCUCGAGGUGGUGAGGAAAGAAAAAGCAAAAAAAAAAAAAAAAAAGAAAAAAAAAUCAGACCGACACCCCCCCCGCCCCCUCCAAAAAAAAAAAAAAAAAAAAAGCCAGAAACAGACCAAAGCAAAAAAAAAAAAAACUAAAAGCACCCUAAGAGAAACAAACAGCCUCCCCGAGCCGCUGCCGUCGCCGCCCGGAGGGGGAGAGCCGGUGUGGACGUGCGAGCGCUGCCGGCAGCGGGGCCGCGGCCGCGGGGGGCUGCUCCGGGCCGGGGCCGCCGUGAGAAGCUGCGCGCCCUGCCCCGCGCCCCGGCGGCGCCCAGCCCCGGGCGGCCCCCCGGCGCCGCCAUGGUGCAGCAGAGCGGCACGGCGGAGAACACGGAGGCGCUGCUGGCCGCCGAGACGUCCGAGUCCGGGGCCGGUCUGGAGCUGGGCAUCGCCUCGUCGCCGACGCCGGGCUCCACCGCCUCGACGGGCGGCAAGGCGGACGACCCGAGCUGGUGCAAGACGCCCAGCGGGCACAUCAAGCGGCCGAUGAACGCCUUCAUGGUGUGGUCGCAGAUCGAGCGGAGGAAGAUCAUGGAGCAGUCGCCCGACAUGCACAACGCCGAGAUCUCCAAGCGCCUGGGCAAGCGCUGGAAGCUGCUCAAGGACAGCGACAAGAUCCCCUUCAUCCGGGAGGCGGAGCGGCUGCGCCUCAAGCACAUGGCGGACUACCCCGACUACAAGUACCGGCCCAGGAAGAAGGUGAAGUCGGGCAACAGCGCGGCCAAGCCCGGCGACAAGGCGGACAAGGCCGGGGGGGGCGGCGGGACGGGCGGCGGCGGCGGCGGGGGCCCCGUCGGGCCGGCGGCCGCGGCCAAGCCCGCCCCGAAGAAGGGCGGCGGCGGCGGCCCCAAGCCCCCCCCGUCGGGCGGCCGGCCCCACGGCAAGGCGGCGGCGGGGGCCGCCAAGGCCGCCCCGUUCCCCGGGGAGCCGCCGGCCGCGCUGCUGCCGCCCGAGCACCAGGCGCUGUGCCGGCCCCCCCGCGGGGCGGCGAGCGCGCCGCUGUCGGGCCCCGGCAGGGCGGCGGCGGCCGACAAGAAGCUGAAGCGGGUCUACAUCUUCGGCGGGGGGCAGGCGGCCAACGCCGCCGCCGCCUCCUCCUCCUCCUCCUCGGGCUCCCCCGGCGGCGCCGUGCCCGGCAGCCCCACGCUGGGCGGCUCGGCGGAGCCCGGGGACCCGCUGAGCCUCUACGAGGAGGGGGGCGGCGGCGCGGGCCGGCCCGACGGCGACUGCGGCGCCCCCUGCCCCUCGCCUCCGGGGUCGGGGUCGGGCUCGGGCUCGCCCGCCGACCACCGCAGCUACACCAGCCUGCGGGCCUCGUCGCCGGCCCCCUCGACGGCGCGGUCCUCCUCCGCGUCCUCCCACUCGUCCUCCUCCUCCUCGUCCUCUUCCUCCUCCUCCGGCUCCUCUUCGUCGGACGACGAGUUCGAGGACGACCUCUUGGACCUCAACCCGAGCCCCAGCUUCGAGAGCAUGUCCCUGGGCAGCUUCGGCUCCUCCGUGCUCGACCGGGACCUGGAUUUUAACUUCGAGCCCGGCUCGGGCUCGCACUUCGAGUUCCCGGACUACUGCACGCCGGAGGUAAGUGAGAUGAUCUCGGGGGACUGGCUGGAGUCCAGCAUCUCCAACCUGGUCUUCACCUACUGAGCUCCGCGGCCGGCCCGAGCUGGAGAAGGCGCAGACGCGGUGCCGGGAGGACUCGCCCGCCCCGUCGGGGCUCUCGGGGGGCUUUUUUGGCCGGGCAGGGGCCGGGGACACUGCUGCUGAUGGGCGCACACCCCCUGCGAGGGACAAGCCCGGCCCUGCUUCUCCAGAGACUGGCGGCGGCGAAACGCUACCUUUUUCCUUUCUUUUGUUUUGUCCCGAAAAGAGAGACGAGAGGGGGGGGACAGAUGGGGGACCGCAGACACCUCUGGGGCCUUUGUUAUCGCCCGCUUGGUGCGAAAGAGGAGGGGAGCGAUGCCUUGUGCUGGAUGUCUCGACUGUUUCGCCCUUUCCCGCGAAAGAGCGAGAGGAACUGCUUGAAAAAAAAAAAGAAAAAGACACACACAAAAGUCCACCCGAGCCUUUGCAAGGUUCACAUUUUGGGGGGGGGGGAGAAAUCCCGUCCCGGUUUGUUCUGCAGCGAGAGGAGGCGCCGAUGGUGGGAGGAGGAGAGGGGGACGGAGCUGGACUGAGAGCCUGGCGAAGGAGGAGAGGAGCCAGACUUAAACGUGGGAGCCGGCUUGGGAAGAUAAUAAUAAACUGAAACGGAUUUGCACGUACGCGAUGAGGUGGCGGCAGCGCUUUUCUCAGUCACCUUACGCUAUAUGUAGAGAGAGAGAGAGAGGAAAAAAAAAAAAAGGCCGAAAACUUCAAGAACACUGAAAAUUUCUUCCGAAACGGAGACCGAGUCGGAACAGUUUCUGUAACGUUGUGGUACCGGGGACGUGGAGGGCGAUUGCUUUUUGCAAAAAAAAAAAAAAAAAAAGAAAAUACAAAAAAAAAAAAA